AGUUGCAUCGUAGAUCUGUGCGAACAAUAAUAACAAAAAAUCUAUCAGAAGGUGAGAUUAACACUUCAGGUGUUAAAAACGCAAAUAUGGCUUGUCCUUUAGACGAGGAUCCAAUCAAUGAAGGAGUGGCUUUAAUUAGCAGAGACCUGGAUGUUCGCCAGGAGAGGAUUCUCAAACCAGUUGUCCUUUCAAACUCGGACACAGACAUGGGGAAGAAACGCGACAUGGAAAUGGUGUCGGAAGCCAACCACCUUCCAAAUGGAAACUUAGAUGAAAGAGAAGAGAAUGAUGAAAAGACAGAUAAGAAGAAGAAGAAGAAGAAGAAGGAAAAGGAGGCGAAGGAGCCCAUGGUUGGCCCAUUCUCCGUGUCAACAGAUUUCACCUUCUCAGAAAACAUGACCAACCCAUUAGAAGAGGAAAUGACAACGUUUGCCAUCUACUAUUCCAUCCUGGGAGCCGUCGUGCUGGUUGCGGCCUACCUCCAGGUGUCUCUCUGGACUCUGGCUGCCGGGCGGCAGGUUAAACGCAUCCGCAAGUUGUUUUUCCACAGAAUCAUGCAGCAGGACAUCGGCUGGUUUGAUGUGAACGAAACAGGAGAGCUCAACACACGACUAACAGAUGAUGUCUACAAGAUCCAGGAGGGAAUUGGUGACAAGGUGGGGAUGUUGAUCCAAAGUUUUAGUAGCUUUAUCGCAGCUUUCAUCAUCGGUUUUACCAAAGGAUGGAAACUGACUCUCGUCAUCCUGGCUGUGAGCCCAGCUCUGGGGAUCUCAGCUGCACUUUUCAGUAAGUUGCUGACAAACUUCACUACCAAAGAACAGAGUGCAUAUGCCAAAGCUGGUGCUGUUGCAGAAGAAGUCCUCUCUGCCAUCAGGACCGUGUUCGCCUUCAGUGGUCAAAAGAAGGAGAUUGAGAGAUAUCACAAGAACUUGGAAGAUGCUAAAACGAUGGGAAUAAGGAAGGCAAUCUCUGCUAACAUCGCCAUGGGAUUCACCUUUCUGAUGAUCUACCUGUCUUAUGCUCUGGCCUUUUGGUAUGGCAGCACCCUAAUCCUGAGUGGGGAAUACACCAUUGGAUCUGUGCUCACAGUAUUUUUUGUUGUGAUAAUUGGAGUGUUUGCAAUGGGGCAAACGUCUCCCAACAUUCAGACGUUUGCUAGUGCCCGCGGAGCUGCCUAUAAGGUGUACAACAUCAUCGAUCAUAAUCCAACUAUCGACAGUUAUUCAGAGACUGGGUUUAAGCCGGACCUGAUCAAAGGAAACAUAGAGUUCAAUAACAUCCACUUUAGCUACCCGUCCAGGCCUGAUGUCACGAUUUUAGACCAAAUGUGCCUAAGUGUGAGCAGUGGACAGACCAUGGCGUUGGUUGGUAGCAGUGGAUGUGGUAAAAGCACUACGAUCCAGCUGCUGCAGAGGUUCUACGAUCCUCAGGAAGGAUCUGUAUCUAUUGAUGGCCAUGACAUCCGCUCUCUUAACGUGCGCUACCUCAGGGAACUGAUAGGGGUGGUGAGCCAGGAGCCCAUCCUUUUCGCCACCACCAUCUCCGAGAACAUCCGCUACGGCAGACCUGACGUGACACAAGAGGAGAUUGAAACUGCUACCAAGGAGGCCAACGCUUACGACUUCAUCAUGAACCUUCCUGAUAAAUUUGAGACACUUGUUGGUGACAGAGGAACUCAGAUGAGCGGAGGCCAGAAGCAGAGGAUUGCAAUUGCUAGAGCAUUGGUCCGCAAACCCAAAAUCCUUUUAUUGGAUGAAGCCACGUCUGCACUGGAUGCUGAGAGUGAGACCAUUGUGCAAGCUGCGCUGGAUAAGGUGCGUCUGGGUCGUACCACUCUGGUUGUGGCUCACCGCCUCUCCACAAUCAGAAAUGCUGAUGUGAUUGCAGGCUUCCAGAAAGGUAAAGUUGUAGAACUGGGCACUCACAGUGAGUUGAUGGACAAAAAAGGAGUCUACCACACGCUGGUCACCAUGCAGACCUUCCAGAAAGCGGAGGAGGGGGAAGAUGAGGACGAGCUGUCAGCAGGUGAAAAAAGUCCCAUUAAAGACAUCAUGGAGUCUCCUCUGCUGAGGAGGAAAUCUACAAGAGGCUCUUCAUUCGCUGCUUCGACUGGAGAGAAGGGAGAGAAAAAGCUAAAGGAUGAGGAGGACAAUUUGGACGAGGAUCUUGGGUGGUUUGAUAACCCCAAAAACAGUGUUGGGGCGCUCACUACAAGACUGGCUACAGAUGCAGCCCAAGUUCAGGGGGCCUCAGGUGUACGCCUGGCGACAUUCGCCCAGAACUUUGCCAACCUCGGCACCGGGGUGAUCCUGGCGUUUGUGUACGGCUGGGAGCUGACUCUGCUGAUUCUGGCCGUGGUGCCUGUCAUUGCUCUGGCCGGAGCCGUGCAGAUGAAAAUGCUCACCGGGCACGCAGCGGAAGACAAGAAGGAGCUCGAGAAGGCUGGAAAGAUUGCUACAGAGGCUAUAGAAAACAUACGCACCGUUGCCUCUCUCACAAGAGAACCAAAGUUUGAGUCCUUGUAUCAGGAAAAUCUGGUAGUUCCCUAUAAGAACUCCCAGAAAAAGGCCCAUGUGUACGGCUUUACCUUCUCCUUCUCCCAGGCUAUGAUCUACUUUGCCUAUGCAGCUUGUUUCCGUUUCGGAGCCUGGCUCAUCAUUGAAGGAAGGAUGGAUGUGGAGGGAGUAUUCCUUGUGAUUUCUGCCGUUCUGUUCGGAGCCAUGGCGGUCGGAGAAGCCAACUCUUAUGCUCCAAACUACGCCAAGGCCAAAAUGUCUGCUUCCCACCUCAUGAUGCUGUUGAACAAAGAGCCAGAGAUCGACAACCUUUCAGAGCAGGGAGAGUCACCGGAUACAUUUGAGGGUAACGUGACCUUCGAUAAGGUGAAGUUUAACUAUCCUACACGGCCAGACGUGCCCGUCCUGCAAGGCCUGAAUCUGAGUGUGAAGAAAGGAGAGACUCUGGCCCUUGUUGGGAGCAGCGGCUGUGGAAAGAGCACCACCAUCCAGCUGCUGGAGAGGUUCUACGACCCCAGAGAGGGCCGAGUGGUGAUGGACAGCAUUGAUGUGAAACAGCUGAACAUCCACUGGCUAAGAUCUCAGAUUGGCAUCGUGUCCCAGGAACCAGUGCUCUUCGACUGCACUCUGGCGGAAAACAUCGCCUAUGGCGACAACAGCCGCAAGGUGACCAUGGAGGAGAUUGAGGCAGCCGCCAAAUCUGCCAACAUUCACAGCUUUAUAGAUGAAUUGCCUCAGAAAUACAACACUCAGGCGGGCGAUAAGGGAACGCAGCUGUCUGGCGGUCAGAAGCAGCGAAUAGCCAUCGCCAGGGCCAUCCUCCGCAACCCUAAAGUGUUGCUGCUGGAUGAGGCUACCUCUGCUUUGGACACAGAGAGUGAGAAGGUGGUGCAGGACGCCCUGGACCAGGCCAGCAAAGGCAGAACGUGCAUCAUUGUGGCGCACCGUCUGUCUACCAUCCGGAACGCCGACCGCAUUGCCGUCUUCCAGGGAGGCGUGGUGGUUGAACAGGGGACGCAUCAGCAGCUGCUAGCAAAGAAGGGAGUCUACCAUAUGCUGGUCACUACACAGCUGGGCCACGGGACAGAGUGAGGGGACGGUGGGAGUCACUAUUUGUCCUGUUGAGGGAUUUAAAGGAACUUAGAGGAGCACUUUCUGCCUUCUUUUAGGUUGUUUUACUUUAAGGCACUUUCACUGAUUUAUGCUCAAUGAUUUAAGUGAAACAACUGGGACUGAAAAAGAUGGCUAUGCCUCGUUAGUUACACUGUUUUAAGUUUAACUGCUGUGAUUUGCUGCUGUCACCUUAUAAAACUUUUUGAAACAAAAAUAUAAGUUUUCCUUGAGAAAAUAGAAAAACUGGAUUGUAUUUGUCCGUUUCUUAGAGGAAAUGUUGAAGACUCACAUUUCAUUUGCUUUUAAGCAUGACAUCAGUUUAUCUAUCAGAUUAACUAAAAUGGUGCUCAUAAAACAACUAUGAUUGACCUGAUUCAUUAAACUUGUGAAAUUAUAGAUUUAAAGCAAAUUUGAUUUGCAAUAAAUGUCCAGAUUUGGUUUAAAUCUGGUCUUUAUCAUAGAUCCCCUAACUCUCAUAUGAUUAGCUUUAUUUUUACUGUCAAAUCUACCAUUUGCUUUAAUGUAAGCCUCAUACCUCUAUGCUUACCUGCAAACUGUGGCACAUUUUUAAACUUUAAGAUAUUGAUCACCUCGCACUCCUCUUUACAAAACAAGUCUGACAUAUCAUUUACCAUGUAAAGUUGUGGAUCCCCAAAUUGGGGCUGAGGCCCCUUUUGUGGUUCUUGAGAUGCUCUCCAGACAUCAGAUAUGUAAAAAUGCUUGUUUAUAGCAGAUGUCAUAAUGAAAAGUGUUGGAUCGACAUAACUGACAUAAUUGUGGAGAAAGCAGAAUACAUUAUUCCUUCCUUAAACUUCCACAAUGCCAGCAUCUGUUUACUUCAGCAGUCUUUGUUUAGCAGGUUAAUAGAUUGAGGGACACUGCUCUGUUUUAAUGCUUUUAAUCUGGUUGACUCAGGUGUCAUAUAAACUGAUCAGAAAAAAAGACUGAAAAUUAUUUUGUUUAAAAAUAAAGUUAAAUAAGAGUAACAGCCAAUAAGAAAUCAUAUAUUCUGCACUGAAAAUGUUAUAUUCUGUUUGUUUGAAGAUUUAUAUAUUUUUUGUAAGGCCUAAAUGUGUUAGUUCAUUUAAUGAUGGAUGGAUUGACUUUAUGCAGAUUCUGAUCUCUUGCAUAAAUGCAAUGUGUGACUUGUAAACAGGGAUCACUGAUGCAGAGCUGAUAUUCUGAGGAGAUUGUAUUCUGGUUAUUAAUACCUUAGUAAUAUUUGGGGGGAAUGAGUAAAAAUGAAUUGUGUAAUAAAGAUGU